GUCCCCGCCGGUCUCACCAGGCAAUCAAACAACUAGUCCGUGGACGAAGAUGGAGUCUUGCCACGCACCCCACUCGAAUUCAAUAAUUGAACAUUUCAAGAAAUGUCACUAUUAAAUGCUUGCCUCUUCAACAGAAGCAUUGGAGCCAUGGACAUGGCAGCCGCAAGGAAGAAGCACGAGGCCUCCUCCAAGAUAAAGUCCACCUCCUCCUCUGACUUCGACACAGAUUUAGAGCAUCUUGGGUACAAGGAACAUCUCCAAGGUGUUUAGAAAGAGAGAAACCGAUCGGAUUUCGGCCGCCCACGACGAACGAACGGAUGAGCGGAAGAAGAACAAGAAAGGAAGAAACGGAUUGCAGUUCAUCGUGUGUCGAGGCGAAAAUGGGCCCCGGAAAUAACAUAGGGAAGUACCAGUUCAGCAGGGUCAUCGGAGAAGGUACCUUUGCCAAGGUCAAGCUUGCAGUGGACAGCACCAACGGCCAGUAUGUUGCGAUCAAGAUCAUCGACAAGCAGAUGGUCAUGAAGAGCAAUCUCAAGCAUCAGGUACGAAGAGAGAUAAAGACAAUGAAGCUUCUGCAUCACCCCAACAUCGUUCGGAUCCACGAGGUCAUUGGAACGAAGACAAAGAUCUACAUAGUAAUGGAGUAUGUAUCAGGAGGACAGCUUUCAGACAAGCUGGCUUAUUCAAAAAAAUUGGACGAAUGUGAAGCGAGAAAGCUCUUCCAACAAUUAAUCGAUGCAGUGGACUAUUGUCAUAGCAGAGAUGUUUGUCACAGAGAUCUGAAGCCUGAAAAUUUGCUUCUGGAUAGCAAGGGAAAUCUGAAAAUCUCUGACUUCGGAUUAAGUGCUUUGCAGAAGCCUGGAGAUCUGUUAUCUACUGCAUGCGGCUCCCCAAGCUAUGUUGCACCUGAGCUACUGAUAAAGACGGGAUAUGAUGGCGCACCAGCAGAUAUUUGGUCUUGUGGGGUAAUUCUCUUCGAGUUACUGUCUGGGAUUUUGCCAUUCGAUGACCGUAACCUCAUCAAUUUGUACAAGAAGAUCUACAGAGCAGAAUACACAUUUCCCCCAUGGUUCACAGAAGGUCAAAGAAAGAUAAUAUCCAGAAUACUUGAACCAAAUCCUAAGAAGAGAAUCGCAGUACCGGAGAUAAUCGAAGAUGAAUGGUUCCAGAAGGACUAUGAGCCUGCGUACGGAUAUGAAUGCGAUGAACAAAUCCAUCUGGAUGAUGUUAAUGCUGCAUUCGACUACUCUGAGGAGAAUGAUGGCCAGAAGAAGAUACCAAAAUCCUCCAGUUUCAUAAACGCUUUUCAAUUGAUAGCAAUGUCCCAUGACCUUGAUCUAUCAGGUCUUUUUGAAGCACAGGAUGAAGACAAACACAAAACGAUGCUUAUAUCCAAGCAUACAGUAGAUGAUACCUUCAAGAAAAUUGAAGCAGCUGCAGCAGACCUCAGCUUGGCGGUUGAGAUGUCGAACAAUAAGGUGAAGAUGCAUCUAGUGCAAAAGACGACUAGGUCUUCUCGGUCAUACUUCAACUUAUCAGCCGAGGUGAUUGAGGUGGCUCCCAUUUACUGUGUCAUAGAAAUUUCAAAAUCUUCAGGGGAGCUCGGCGACUAUAAAAAGUUUUGCCAAAGUUUGUCCAGCCUAUUGGCAGAGAAAUCUGGUAGUUCAUCACAAAGUCAUGCGAUGGACUUAUUCAAUAUCGACAGCAAAGGCGUCGAACAAGCUAGAUGUUAUCAGGAGGAAGCUAAGUCUGCUGCUAAUGACCUACGUGGCUAUUCGUCCUCCUGAUGAUUGUUUUCCUCAACCUCUUGUGCUCUCAAGAUUGUUGAGACGAUGAUGGUGAAAACUGUAAAGAUUGUUACAAUAUCAUUUACGCAUGAAGAAAUUCACAAAAGAACGAAGAAGGAAGUUAUUGAACGUGAGAUUUGCAAACUGCCAAUUGCAACAUGAUGCUUAAGAUUCAGUUUGAUACAACGAAAGGAGCUCUUUUGGUUCUCUCACUGUAUUAGAUUCUUUCUGUUUCUUUUCACCCCAGAAGAUCUUCUUGAAGGCUAUACAGGCAUGAAGUCUUCAUUACUUUAUUCAUUGAAAGAUCAAUAAGAUAUGUGCUCUGUUCC